AGAUGUGAUGUAUGCAAGUUAUCACAAAUGUUGCCAUCGGAACGAAUUAAAACGUUCAAGAAGGUUCUGAAUGCAGGACGAGGAAAAAUUCCUGAAUUUAAGGCUGGCUCCAAAGCAGUAUUUCAUUAUGAGACAUUGAAACCGCUGGUGAAUGUGAAUGAGGAAGGAUUCCCAGAUUCGAGGUGAAAAGCUUUUAUAUUUCUGUAAUCUUAUCACAUGACAAAACAGAGGCUGCAUGUUGUAGAGAUAGCUAUAAGUCGAUCGAUAAUACACGAAAGCCAUAUCCAGAUGGUUAUGGGAAGCCACUGGAGUUGGUAUUUGGGAAGAAGUUUCAGUUACCAAUAUUUGAACGAUGCUUAGAAACGAUGCUGAUUGAUGAGAUCAGUCAAUUCGAUAUAGCUGCUUGUGAGCUCUAUCCAUAUCCGUCAGUUUCACAGAAACUUCGAAAUAUAUCUAAAGAUGCCAUGCAUUUAGGCAGCCAAAGCCAUCACCACACGCACUGUGUUGCAGCAAAGGAUUUCACAAUGGAAUAUGAAGAUUUGAAUGAACUGAUUAAGAACCCUCAACCACUGCGAUUUAUCUUUCAUCUGUUGGUUGUUUUACAACCGGAAGAUUAUGAACCAGAUAGCUGGCAGUUAGAACCAGAUGAAAAAUUAGCAAGUGUCGCAAAAUUGAAAGAAUCUGGGAAUGAAUAUUUGCAAAAGGGUGAUUAUGAAAAUGCUUCAUUGAGAUAUAGAGAAGCCCUAAAUCGCAUAGAUACUCUUCUGUUGCGUGAAAAACCAGGUGAUCCUGAAUGGAUUGACCUUGAUAAGCAGAAUAUACCUCUGUUUUUGAAUCUUUCUCUCUGUUACCUGAAUUGGAAGCAGUAUUAUGAAGCUAUCGACGCUGCAACCGAAGUAUUGAAAAGAGACAAGCUGAAUGAAAAAGCACUGUACAGGCGUGCUAAAGGACGAAUCGCUGUUUGGGAUCUGGAAAAGGCUGAAGAUGAUCUAAAAAUGCUUCAACGGCAAUAUCCGGGUAGUACAAAUUUGGUGAAAAUUGAACUCGAACGAAUACAGUCCCUUAUAAAAGAACGUGAAGAAAGUGCCAAGAAUACUUAUAAGCAUAUGUUUAAAAAUGUUUACUGAAUGUUUUUCUUGAAUCUUGUUUAAUACUUCCAUACAAUUAUUGCUUUCCUUUUGGUUCUAUUUGACAAUAUUUUUUCAAUCAUCAAGGAAAAUAGUGUAAGAUUAAAGGUAUAAACUGGGCAGCACCAUCCAUUUAAUUAUUUUUUAAACUAUCACAUGUAGUUGCAGUUAUUGAAACAUGUUUAGAACGAUAAAGAAACUAUCGAUAGGCAGGAGAUUACAUAAUCUGCUGUUAUUAAAUAAGAUCUUCCUUCAAAACAUUUUUUCCUGACAUGAAAUAAUUUUGUAAAGUGAUAAGCCUAAAUAGAGGUUCUGUAGGACGAUAAAAUUUUUACACUGUGUGUUUUCUUCUCGAAGCGUUUGUUUUGUUGUGGUAAUAAUUUGGGUGUUUUUCGAUCAUUUUGAUCUCGUAGCAUUUUGCUGAACAGUGGUAAUAAAUGUGUGUAGCCG